UCAGAAAUAACUGACUUUCUCUUUAUAUUCCAAAUAUUUGCAGGAGUUGGGAAGACCUCAUUAGUUCAUCUUAUUUGUCACAAUGAGACAACAAGUAAUCCUGGCUGGACCAUCGGAUGUUCUGUGGAGGUCAAGCUACAUGAGUACAAAGCGGGAACCCCUUCACAGAAAACCUACUUUGCAGAAUUAUGGGAUGUUGGUGGAUCUACUAGCCAUGAAAAUAGCCGUGCAAUAUUUUAUAAUCCGGUACAUGGUAUCAUUCUAGUCCAUGACCUGACGAACAGAAAGUCACAUCAUAAUUUACGAAAAUGGUUACAGGAGGUCCUAAACCGUGACAACCCCAAGGACAACAAUGGGUAUGAAUAUGAUCCGGAACAGUUUGCCGGUAACCAAAUCCCCAUCUUAGUAGUAGGAACAAAAUCUGACCUGGCCCAGAGUUUGCGGGAAAAUGUCCUCACCAAGUCUUCCAGCAUGGCAGAGGAAUGUGGAGCCGAGGAACUGAACCUUAGCUGUCACAACGUUAAACAUCUGUCACCAGGUUCAACAAAUGCCGUUAAAAUAUCACGAUUCUUUGACAAGGUAGUUGAGCGACGGUACUACAGUCGAGACGGUGUCGGUCAGGGACAUGUGACCACCCCAAUCAUGGACAGGCGCCGACCCAUGAAAAGUUUCCAUAAUGAUUGAUUUAACACCUUCUUUGGAAAGUGUUAACUGUUAUUCAACAUGUGAUAAUGUAGUUUUUUUUCCGAAAAAAGUGAUCAAUGGAUGAGUUCAUAUUAACCCUUUCACCACUGUAAACCGUAAUGGACUCAUCCCGAUAAAUGCAGGGUAGAGUCCAUUAGAGUAAACGAGGGUUGAAAAAGGUUAACUUAUUAUCUUAUUAGAAUGACCGAUUAGUGAACCCUCGUUCAACCGGGCACAUUUCUUUUAACACAUUUAAGAUAGGUAAACGUGGCAAUAUUUCAAAAAAUUCAUGUGAUACUGAAUUUUAUGUUCCUGAUGGCUAGCCCGACAGAUUUCAUCGACCAGUUUUUUUUUUAUAUAAUAAGAUGUGUUCAACGAAGUACAACAGAAUAAGUAAGUUUGUAAAGAGUUCCAUUUGUUUCACUAUAGUUUCUGAAAAAAAAUAAAAAGAAUAAAAAGAAUAUAUGAAUAGUGAAAAAUAAAAUAAAAGUACACUGAAUAUAAAAACUACAGCAGAGGCUAGGGCAAUCUGAAAAAUGAAAAGUGGAAGAGCUUGGUGUGAAAAACAACAUUUAUUCAUAAACUUGGAAAUGUUCAUACAUGUUAUUAUGUUUUUUCAUUAUUCCCAUGCACAAAACUGUUUCAAAAUGUUACACAAGAUUAGCAUUUUAAUUGACCCAAACUUGAAAUAAAGAUGAUUACUAAGAUUGAUUAACUGUCACUGAUUGUAAUAUAACCUCUUGCAAAGUAUGCACAUCGUUAGGGUAGUAUAACUAAUUUUCCAUCUCUCCAAUAUUGUUUUUAUUUAUUUUGCUUCAUCAGUUUGAAAAUGUGUUAUUGUGUUUCUGUGUAAAUGGAAGUAUGUAAUGGUUUAAAAGUACUACAAUGUGAAUUGUACUAUUACUGAUGUAGUUUGUGUAUGUAUAGCUUAUGUAUUAAAUCGUGAAUGUAAAGGUAUGCUUUAUAGUGAUUGCUAAAUCUACCAUUAGAUCCCUGCUGCUCUGCAUUUACUUACACUGAUUUCAAUUUUGUUUUUAUAUAUACAUAAAUAAUGUACAACCACUUCAUAAUGAAUUCAAUAGAAUACAUACUAGUGUUCACCAUUUUCAAGUAAAUUUCAAGUUAUAUAUUGUACGUAUAAAGCUAGAAAGUAGGUUUAUAAAUAGAACACUUAAGUACUCUUUUUAGGUGACUAAAAAUGUAUAACUGUCUUGUGUGUGAGUCACUUUAGUCAUUUUAUUUUAAGAUUGAUUUCCCCUAGUUAUUUUCGUUUUUGUUUAUUGGUCGACUCAGUUCUGACUAUUGUCUUUGUUAUCAAUUUUGAGUCCGAACUUUGUCCUUGUGUGUUGACGCUGGUAGUAUUUUGUCCAUGUGUUUUUUGUCCUUACACUUUGACGCUUUGGUGUAUUUUGUCCUUGUGGGUUGAUAAUGUUGUAUAUUUUGCCCUUUUAUUUUGACGCUGUGGUAUAUUUUGUCACUACGGAAAACGAGAAAAGACGAGAAAACAUUUUGGAAAAAAAAUAAGUCAACGUAAAAUCCAAUUUGAAAUUGACGUAAUGUGAAAGACAUUUGAUCUUUGGCUGUUCAUAUAUAGAAUUGUAUGUAUUUAAAUAUAUCGGCAACAAGGAGUCUUGUCAUAUUUAUUACUAGGCUCCCAAGUAACAUCUAAACUUGAUGAGUGUUCUAAAUUCUCAAAUUGUUUUAAGGGCUUUAUUUACAUUGACAUUAGUAUUUAUGAACGUUUGUUAUCAGAUGACUUCAUGUCCUGAAACACUUAAAGAGUUGACGCAAAUGAAACCCUGGCACUUUUGGGAGGAAAUGUGAAUCAUGAAGGAAUGAGGAAGUUUACAAAGGUAAUUAAAUAUCAUAAUACCGGGGUCACGGAGAUGCAGGAAGUAUAACUAAAUGAUGAUUGCAAGGAGAGAGUUCAAAAUCGACAAUUUUGUAUUUGUAUUUGUCCAAUCUACUGCUUUCUUACUGAAUGUAUAGCAUGGGUUUGCAUAGAAAUGAAUAAAAUUCACAUGUGAUCAUUUCGUAUACCAUAAUUAUACAGAUUUUACUUUUUAGUUCUACUUUCCAUAAAUAUAGAAUCUAGCAUUGAUUAAAUGUUUAUGCUAACAUAUGCAUUUCCUAAUGUAGAGGGCUUUCAUAGGCUUUACACUGCAACCCAGUUUUAAGAACUAUACAGUGAAAUGCACGAGGAAGAAGGUCUUUUUACAGAAUCCUCUAUAACAAAUUGAUUUUUCAUCUUAUUGAUGAAACAUUUUCAUGAAUUGGUAACUCUUUUGGCAAUUCUAAAAUGUUAUUACAUUUUAAGGAAGAUAACUAAAAGGAAAGCACUAUAAAUAAUAGUUUAUAAGGUUUGAGAUUAUCACUAUAAACUAUAAUGUAUCGGGUUUGAGAGUAUCGCUAUCACAAUCAAAAUGUAUUGAAGUCUGAUACAGCUGUUCAUCAAUUUCUUUAUAUUUCUAACUUGCAAUUGAAUGUCGGGUGUUUUUCGGAAUAAUUAUUAAAUAUAACAAGCCAAGUCAAGCCGGGACACUUUCGUUGACCAGUUAGCUUAGUCGGUUAGAGGGAUAGUAUUAUAACAAGUCCAGGUAUUCGAAUACCGGUCAAGCCGCUCGGAAUUUCACUACAGUAUCAGACGACUCGUGUUUAUACUAUUUUGUUUGUUUCAUCUUAAUACAUAUACGUCCCUUAAGGUAUGGAUUUCUUUUCAGGAAAUAAUCUAUCGAAGCUUUACUGAUGUCGAAAAAUUAGUUUUCCAAUGCGUAUGAACGUUUUUGGUAAUGGUGAUCAUUUUACGUGUAUCGCUUUAUUUAAGAUGACAUAUUUUCAUAAUUGAAGUAUGCACCUGUUCAUUCUUUGUUUUCCGUGUUUUAAGAGAGACAGAUGUAGAGCGAGAGAGUGUUCCAUUGUGUUUAAAUGAAUUAGGUAUAGUUAUAUAUACAUCUGUACAUGAGUUUAUGGAUGGUAAAACAUUAUUUGAUGAUAGAAUAAAAUAUUAGA